GGGCGCGCGCGGGAGGCGGCGGGGCGGCCCCGGGCCGGCGGGGAGGGGGCGGACGGCGGCCGCGGCGGUCGGUGCGCGCAGCGGGCACCAUGGCAGCCGGGUAGCGGCGGCGGCGGCGGCGCGGCGGGGCCGUGGGCAGAGUUCUCAGGGUGCUGUGGUCUCACUCUGUCUCCAGCCAUGGACCCUCGGCGGAAGGAACCACGCGGCACCACCCCACGUGCCUGAGGCCCGCACACCCGCCGCGAGCCCUAGUGUCUGCAAACAGGUGCCGGUGACAGAGGGACACCAGUCAAGCCCGGGCUGUGGUCCCAGAGAGAAGGAGGAAGGCCAUUUCCUAAUUGGUCCCACAUACAUCAGGUGGAUGGUUUCCAGCCUGCUCCCGACCCCCUCCUCGGCCGAGCGCUGGGCCGUCCUUCUGCAUGACCCCAUGACUGUUGAUAUGGACGCGGUCCUGUCAGACUUUGUUCGGUCCACGGGGGCAGAACCUGGUCUGGCCAGAGACCUACUGGAGGGCAAGAACUGGGACCUGACGGCCGCUCUGAGUGACUAUGAGCAGCUCCGACAGGUGCACACAGCCAACCUGCCACAUGUGUUCAACGAGGGCAGGUGCCUCAAGCAGCCGGAGCGUGAGCUGCCCCAGCCGGGGUACAAGGUGGACAGGCCGUGCACACAGAGGCAGGACGACAUCGCCCAAGAGAAGCGCCUUUCCCGGGGCAUCUCCCACGCCAGCUCGGCCAUUGUAUCCCUGGCGCGCUCGCACGUGGCGAGUGAGUGCAGCAGCGAGUUCCCGCUGGAGAUGCCCAUCUACACCUUCCAGCUGCCCGACCUGAGCGUGUACAGCGAGGACUUCCGCAGCUUCAUCGAGCGGGACCUGAUCGAGCAGGCCACCAUGGCGGCACUGGAGCAGGCAGGUCGCCUGAACUGGUGGUCGGCCGUGUGCACCAGCUGCAAGCGGCUCCUGCCUCUGGCCACGACGGGGGACGGGAACUGCCUCCUGCACGCCGCCUCACUGGGCAUGUGGGGCUUUCACGACCGGGACCUGGUCCUGAGGAAGGCGCUGUGCAGCAUGAUGCGGACAGGUGCUGAGCGUGAGGCGCUGAGGCGCAGGUGGCGGUGGCAGCAGACGCAGCAAAACAAGGAGUCAGGGCUGGUGUACACGGAGGAAGAGUGGGAGCGAGAGUGGACAGAGCUGCUAAAACUGGCGUCCAGUGAGCCCCGGACACACCUCAGCAAGAACGGCGGCACGGGAGGCGGCGUGGGCAGUGCUGAGGAUCCUGUCUACGAGAGCCUGGAGGAAUUCCACGUGUUUGUGCUCGCGCACAUUCUGCGCCGGCCCAUCGUGGUGGUGGCCGACACGAUGCUGCGGGACUCGGGCGGGGAAGCGUUCGCGCCCAUCCCGUUCGGGGGCAUCUACCUGCCCUUGGAGGUGCCUCCCAACAGAUGCCACUGCUCGCCCCUGGUUCUCGCCUACGACCAGGCGCACUUCUCGGCCCUGGUGUCCAUGGAGCAGCGGGACCAGCAGCGAGAACAAGCCGUCAUCCCUCUGACCGAUUCCGAGCAUAAGCUGCUGCCCCUGCACUUUGCGGUGGACCCAGGCAAGGAAUGGGAGUGGGAUAAAGACGACAAGGACAACGCCAGGCUGGCGCACCUCAUCCUGUCUUUGGAGGCCAAGCUGAGCUUCCUGCACAGCUACAUGAACGUGACGUGGAUCCGGAUCCCGUCAGAGACGAGGGCCCCUCUGGCGCAGCCCGAGUCUCCGACAGCCUCGGCGGGGGAGGACGUGCAGUCCCUGGCCGACUCUCUGGACUCGGACCGCGAGUCCGUCUGCAGCAGCUCCAACAGCACCAAUGGCAAGACCGGCAAAGACAAGGAGAGAGAGCGGCAGCGCAAGGACAAGGACAAGACGCGUGCGGACUCCGUGGCCAACAAGCUGGGCAGCUUCAGCAAGACUCUGGGCAUCAAGCUGAAGAAGAACAUGGGCGGCCUGGGCGGCCUGGUGCACGGCAAGAUGGGCCGCACCAACUCGGCCAACGGCAAGAACGGCGGCGGCGACGCGCCCGAGCGCACCAAAGACAAGAAGACGAAAGCGCGCAAGGGCAGCAAGGAGGACUCGGGCACGUCCGCGGGCACGUCGCCGUCGGAGAAGACCACGCCGUCGCCCACGGACAAGACGGCGGGCGCGACGCCGGCCGAGAAGGGCGGCGGGCCGCGGGGCGACUCCUGGAAGUACAGCACGGACGUCAAGCUCAGCCUCAACAUCCUGCGCGCCGCCAUGCAGGGCGAGCGCAAGUUUAUCUUCGCCGGCCUGCUGCUCACCAGCCACCGGCACCAGUUCCACGAGGAGAUGAUCGGCUACUACCUGACCAGCGCGCAGGAGCGCUUCAGCGCCGAGCAGGAGCAGCGGCGCCGCGACGCCGCCGCCGCCGCCGCCGCCGCCGCUGCCGCCGCCGCCAGUGCACCCCCGACGGCGGCCAAGCGGGCACAGCGCCGGCCGGAGCAGGACGGCGCGCCCGGGGGUCCCGAGCGCGCCUCCCCGGCCCCGCCCCUGCUGCCGCCGCCGCCGCCGUCCGGGCAGCCCACGCAGCUGGUGCUCAAGUUCAAGGACCGGCCGAGCCCCGGGCCGGCGGGCGGGCGCGCGGCGCGGGCCGCCACGGCGGCGCUGGCCGGAGGCGGGGGGUCCCCGAGCGCACGGCGUGCGGCGGCGUUGAGCGCCCCCGGCCGCAGCCCCCCGCCGCUCCCGGGCCGCCAGAGCGUCAUCCACGUGCAGGCGGCGGGCGCCCGGGACGAGGCGUGCGCGCCGGCCGUCGGGGCGCUCCGCCCGUGCGCCACGUACCCGCAGCAGAAUCGCUCGCUGGCGUCGCAGAGCUACAGCCCCGCGCGCGCCGCUGCCGCUGCCCUGCGCACGGUCAACACGGUGGAGUCGCUGGCGCGCGCGGGGACCCCCAGCGACGCCAAGUCGCAGACCUACAGCCACGGCUUCGGCGCGCGCGACGGCCUGGAGUUCGCCGACGCCGACGCGCCGCCCGCCAGCCGCUCGAACGCUGAGUGCGCCCGGGCGGGCGCUGGAGGCGGCCCCGGGCCCGGGCUCGGCUCCGGCUCCGGCCCCGGCCCCGGCCCGGCCCAGCGGCGCUGCCAACGGGAAAACUGCGCCUUCUACGGGCGCGCCGAGACCGAGCACUACUGCUCCUACUGCUACCGCGAGGAGCUGCGGCGGCGGCGCGAGGCGCGCGGGGCGCGGCCGUGAGCGCGCGGGGGCGGGGUGUAGCGAGGUGCGGCGGGGGCAGGCCGGCCCACUUCCUC